CCUCGCCUCUAAGUGGCCUCAACACAUGCAUCAAGAUGGAAGACAAAAAGUGCUACUUGUAUGCGCCGCCGCGUCCGCAACCUGGACGAGCCCCGAAACGUCGCCGACUUGUCAACACAGGCCAACCAACGACGUGGGAACUCCGCGAGCAUGCCUUCCACGAAGCCUGGGCUCAGCAGGAACAUCAGAUACAGGGUGCCAUCGAUGAUGCCGAUCGCUCUACCCUUGAGAAAAUUGCAGCGUUUGUGUCUGGUGUUGUGCCUGGCCCUCGUCGUGACCGGCCACCUAUUCCGACUGGACUCGUCAUUACUGGCCCAAGCAUUGCGUCCCACGGCCCCUUCUUUCGCCGUGUGAGCGAUAAGAUUAUUGCCGAUACCAAGAGUAUCUUUGUUCCUCUGAACUCGGCGGAAUGCCCAAAUCUCAAAACGCUUUUGAAGACUUUAAUCAGGAAAGCAACCUCUGGACUCCCCAUCGACGAAGACGACGACGAGCUACCCCCUAGUGGUGCUCACAAGACAGGCUCGAAGCCACUUGACUAUGAUCUGUGCCUUCUACUGGACUGGUAUUCAAAGACGCCUGUCGACAAGAUUACUAUUGCAAUUCAAGACAGCGAGGGCUUUGAUGAUAGCAUAAUAGUCGAGACGAUUGAGCUUUUAAGCUCAUGGUCCGAUCGCUUGCCAUUCGUGUUGCUCUUCGGGAUCGCCACCUCUGCGGAUAGGUUCCAGGACAGACUGACCGGAUCUGCAAUUCUUUCAUUAGAAGGGGAGCAGUUUGUUGUAGAACAGGCCGAGGAGAGCCUCGAAAAGAUCUUCCGAGCUACUGUCGAAGGGCCUCAUGUGUCCCUUCGAGUUGGCCCCAACCUUUGCAGGUUACUUCUUGAUAGGCACAGCGAUCAUUCUCAGAGCACACAAGACUUCUAUGACUCCUUGAAGUAUGCAUACUUGUGUCAUUUCUAUGCAAACCCUAUGAGCGUCUUUUUGAAUCGUUCACUUGAGUUUGAUCAGAUCAACCACAGCGCUUUUGAGGCUUUGAGAACUCUCCCAUCUUUCCGCAACUAUGUCGAAGCCUUACUCGAAGAUGGGUCAACCGACGAAAUCCACAGCCUGUUGGAUUCAGAUCAAUUUCUGUUUGCGAACAUCAAACAGCAUCUAGAACUAGGUCAAACAGCGCUGUCUAGACUCACGUCGGCAAUUGCCGUCGUUGUCAUCCUCAGAAAUGCUAUGUGGAAAACGCAGCAAGUCCGAUACUCCUCGCUUUACAUUCGAUCAGCUUCCGGAGACCUUUAUGGGUCACCGUUAACCCGUGAGACCAUUUUGAUGGUCAGGAAAGCAUCUUCGGACACAUUUUCUCAUGUGCUAGCAACCCUAGCAUCUUUGAGGCAUAGUGGGCUACCGAUGGACAUUAAGGAAUACCAACAAGCACUUGCCGAUCUAACGGAACAUAGCACCACCUCAGCACCCCUCAAGAGCCAUUACGAUGUGCAAAGCAACACCCUUAGAACUACCCUAGUGGCACAAAAGGUAGAUCUAAGCAAGCAUAAGUCCACACUUUCUAAGCAAGAUGCUGCCUAUUCGGAUCUGAUUGGACGCUUUCACGACGAGCUAGAAGCGUAUCUGACAGAAGCGCUCAUUGACCCGCACAGUCUAUACUUGUCCGAAAUCUUGCUGUACGACCUCAAAUCGCCACAUAACGAGGUGUUUGCGCCUAAGCCUCGAUUUGCAAUGGAACGCGCUCUGUCUUCACCCCAUGACUAUCUCAAUUGUAGUUGCUGUGCAGAGUCAAAGGCUGAGGGAGAACAUCAGCUAUCAGCUAGCCAGCCCCCAAGCACUAUCUUGUAUCAACUAUACCUGGAGUCGGGCGCGAUGUUGAAUGUCAAUGAUUUGUGGCUUGCCUUCAACGCCAUCACUGGAGGUGAAGACAACCAAUCGGAAGAUGUCACCACAUCCCUCUUCCAGAGAUCAUUAGCGGAGUUCAAAUAUUUUGGCCUCGUGAAGCCAAGCAGGAAGAAGGUUGACCAUGUUUCCAAAAUGAUGUGGAAGGGGUUGUGAUGGAGGUCUACACCUUGGGUACUCGGCCCCUCACCGGUUCUUCGAACUACGCGCAGGCCCACUCGCUCAACACAAAUAUUAGCUCAACACCGAGAUUUAUCACAAUUCAUCUAGAAAUUGAAUAUAUGUAUUAAUAUAGCCUAUAUACACUCAC